GCGCGAAUGGGACAAGGCAAUUCGACUCCAGCAGAUCAACGAGGCUAUCAUUCAAGCAGCGGUGCUCAACAACAUCAUCAUCAUGGUGGCGACGGUGCUGCUGGCGCUGGUGACGCGGCCGACCCCGGUGUGAUUGUCGUCAACCCAGCCGCAAGUCCGAGCGCCAUCAUUGCGUCGCAGAUCGCUGCAGCACACGCAGCAGUCACUGGAUCUGCGUCGCUCUCUGCUGCUGAUCUGGCUGCGCUCUCAUCCACCGCCGAGAUCCAGGCACUCCACGCACUGCCAACAUUUCUGCCAAUAUUGCGAAGCGCCAUUGACAACAACUGGUACCUGUCAUCGCGAGACUUUGAGUCAGUGGAUGUCCAGCUCGAGUCUUCAGCCAUCAUGACGUUAGCAAGUCGAACUCAGCAGCACUUUGCGCAUUUGGCCGAUCGCGUGUCGUCCGAGCAGAACGCAAUCGAUGAAUCCAUUCGACGAACAGAGGUCGUCACCGCACGCGCAUCGGCUGCGCUGGCACAACGACAGAAAAACGCCACAAGAAUGGCGGGUGCUGCCGCCGAGAUACAGUCCAUGAUCAAAACGCUCACAUCACUGCAAGCGGCGACGCAACGAUUAAGCGAGUCUUGUCGGCAGUUAAAUGCUCUCUUGCCGGAAUCGGUGCAAGAGCCUCUGAAUGGGCCGUCCCCGACUUCUGUGUUUGCUGCCACUGCGUCCAGUUUGGCGUCACCGGUGCCGACGAGCACGCCGUCUUCUGGAAGCGCGCCUGUUCGCCGCCAGUUGAUUCCUCCGGCCAUUGGCAUUGAUUUGUAUUUUGACGGGUCGUCCCCGAGGUCUCCCUCCAAGAGCCAACGCAGCUCCGCCGCUCCGUCCCCAGCUCCGAAAGUGAUCGACAGGGCAAGUCCCGUGCCAGAAGCCACUCCUCCAGAGGCUCCUCCUGUUCCUCCGUCACCAGCGCCGUCUGUUGCCGAUGAUCCAAUUGUGUUUGAUGAGCUGAAAGAGGCAUUGUCAUCCAACAUGCAAGAAUAGAAAAGAAAAAAUUCAGUG